AUGGCUGAAUCGGAGUCUUUCGUGCGGUGUUUCUCGUCCUUCGUGGCUCGCCUCGACGAUAGACUCCCGGAGGUGGAGCAGCACUUCGGCGGCGAGUGCAGCGAGGAGGACAUGUUCUCCUACUUUUGGGGGCUACAGGAGGCCCAUGAGUGCCUUGUCCUUAGCGUGCCUGAGACCCUCAAGAGUGAAAGCAGUGCUGUGACCUAUAGGACUCACGGGAACAAACUAUAUCGCAGUAAGAAUCUAAAGGAGGCCUUAAAAUCCUUCAAUUUCAGUAUUAUGUUUGCGCCCCAUCCGCCGGCUCCCUCCGCCGCUGCCUCAUCGUGCGAGGAAGCCCCUGCCGAAGGGACGUCUGCCGCCUUCGAAGCCCUGGCCCUCGCCUACGCCAACCGAUCUGCUGUGAUGUUUGAACUCCAUCAGUACGAGGAGUGCCUGAAGGACGUGGAAUUAGCCAUCCUGCAUGGGUAUCCAGAGGCAUCAAGGUGUAAGUUAUUAGCGCGGAAGGAGCGGUGUGUUGCCAAACGAAAGGAGGAGGGCGGGGCGACGGAGCGCCUCCUGACGACGCACCAGCACUUCCCUGCGGUCGCGACGGCGGAUCCGGCGUCGCCGAGGAGGAGCGAUGCCAUCACGCUCUCCCACUCGCCCGAAAAGGGGAGGCGUUUCCUGGCCAACAGGGAGAUCCUGCCUGGAAGUGAUAAUGGCAGGCGAACUGCUGCUAACCGAGGAGUCCUACAGCAGCUGUCUUCUGCCGGAGUUCCUGCCGAGCCACUGCUCCGUGUGUCUCACUCGCUGUCUGACGCCCCUGCCCUGCCCCGGCUGCCCCUACGUGAUCCUAAAUAUAUUUAUAAUCACAUUAAGACUUCCGUCGCGCAGGUGACCUUCUGCAGCUCGAAGUGCCGCUCGAAGGGGAGGAAGAGCCACGUCGCUGAGUGCCGGGUCAUGGGGGCGCUCAUCCCCCUACCUUCUCCCUGGCGCGUGGCUCUUGGUAUCCUCACUCGGGCGACGUUCCCCAGGCUCAAGACCUGGCUUAGGAAGCUGAAGGAGGAGGAGCAGGAGGCGCCCGCGAAGACGAAGAAACGGGGAAAAGGGGACGAAGAGGAAGGGGAAGGGAAGGUGAGGGAGGAGCGAGAAGCAAAGAAGGAAGUACGCAAGAAGCAGACAGAGGCGGAAGAGGAAGAAGUGAAUACGAAUCGAAGAAGGAAGCGCGAGAAAGCGAAAAAGAAAAAAGAGAAGAAAGAAAGAGAAAAACGGCUGCGAGACACGAAGGACCAAAACGAAGUCUCAAAUCUCCAAGACGAAGAAAAGGAAGAAGCUCUAUACAAGGCAGUCUUCCACGCGGUCACCAAUAAGAGCAAGCACUCUCCCUCACAGCUCCUGCACGCCUGCGCCGCCGCCUUCUGCCUGACCAAGCUCCUCGAGGUGGGCGGAGGCUUCUUCUUGGAGAACGACCUGCCCUUCACGCCCUGCCAGGAGGAGGCGGUGCUCGUCGGCGCAACGCUCCUCCGCCACCUCCUCGCCGCCAAGUGCAACGCCUUCACCAUAGCCGAGGUUAACGUGCCGAGCAGCCGAGCGGCGAGGCCCCGCCCCGUGACGGUGGGCGUGGGCCUGAGCCCCAGCGUCGCCCUCUUCAAUCACUCGUGCUCCCCGAGCGCCUUCCUCACGCACUGCGGCGGCGGCGUGCAGGCGCUCACCGCCGCCAGGACCGUGCCGCCGGGCCAGGAGGUGGCCAUCGACUACCUGAUCGGGUCGCGAGGCCGGUCGGCCGCGAGCCGCCAGAGCAGGUUCCUCAGCCAGUACGGCUUCAGCUGCUCGUGCGACGCCUGCGCCCGCGACCGGCCCGCGUACCCCAGGCUCCCGGACUACGCCGACGUGUUGUCAGAGGACGGGCUGCUCAGGCGGCCCAGCUCCCCGUCGCCUUCCAGCGCCCCCUCCUCCCCCGUGUGCCCAAGGCUGUGCAAGGCGCAGGAGGACUUCGACGGCCUUGGCGUCGACCUGGCACGCGUCCCGCACAAGGUCAAAGAAGCAGUGUCCAGGUACAAGGACGUCCUACAAAGGUGCCAGGACGCGGCCACGCCCUCCGAGGCCGACGUGCACACUGUAUGUGACCUUAUACACCUCCUCGACGUGCAUGCGCAGAAGCCCAGCUCUCUUCACCUGGCUGCGCAACUGACCCUCGAGGACAUGACCCUUCGCCGCUUCCUGCACGCGGAGAUCAAGGACGAAUUCUACUACUAA